AUGAAAAAGAAAAUUAAGAGAAUUGGCACAGGCUUUGAAGAUGAUAAAGAAACCACACUGACGGGAAGAGGCCUUUACCCUUGGGAACAAAAAGUAGCUGAUGAGAGAACUGGGAAAAGGAAAUUUCAUGGAGCUUUUACAGGGGGAUUUUCUGCUGGCUAUAACAAUACUUGUGGAAGCGAAUUUGGAUUUCAGCCAGCUCAGUUUGUAUCUAGUCGAAAAAAUAGGAAUCAAGUGAAGCAGCAGGUCACUGAUUUUAUGGAUGAGGAAGAUUUAGGAGAAUUUGAUUUGGGGAAAACAUUGGAAGCGCAAGAAAAGGAAGCCAAUUUAGAAGGUGAUAAAGGAGAAGCGAAAAAUGAAGGGAUCGGGAAUAAACUGUAUAGUAUGAUGAAAAAAGUCGAAGAGCCUGAUGCCAAAAGAAAAUGCUAUGGGCCGACAUUACCUCCUGAGCAAAUGACUGAGGUCGAUUUUCAGCAAGAAAAUCCAAAGCUCGAUUGGUUUGGACUUGGAUUUGACUCCAGCAAGCUUCAAUUGGAAGAAAACCUACAUGAAUCAAAGAAUCCAAAAAAUAGAGGCAGCGAUAAAGUAAAAAGCCUAUUUAAAGUCUCCAACGACAUCUAUGAGGAAAAUGAUUGUAAAUUUUAUAUAGACUCCUUUUUCGAGCCUGACUAUGAAAUAUCGGUUAAGGAAAAAAAAGAAAGCAAUAAAAAUCAAAAAUUAAAAGGAGAAGUACCUGGAUUUAUACUAUCCACAACUUUAAAACCUUCUAAGAUGUAUUUUUCAUUUAGAUUCAAGCCUCCAGAACUCCCUCAUAAUUAUAACCCAAUUAGGUUCCUUUUAAAUUUCCAUUCUUAUAGAACCAUUCCUGCUCAAAAAUUGGACCCAGAAAAGAGAGAGUCAAUUAUUGAAGAACAAAAGAAAAAAGAGCCUUUAUUCGCGAAUAGGCUUAGCGAAUCCGACCGUGAAAAAAUAAAAAGCUUCAAGAGCUUUGUCAAAAGUUCAGAUUUAACAGAAAGGUCUGCACGCAUAAAUAAGCAGGAUCUUCCAUUUAAAGAUGAUAAAGUGAAGCAUGAUCGAUAUUAUGCAUUUAUAUGCAAUAUGGAAGGACUAGAAGUUGGAGGAAUUGCUCCAGCCAGAUUGAUGACUGCAUCUCAAAUAAGACAAGAAAAAGAAGAGUUCUUAAAGCUAUAUGAGCAAUGGAAAAAACAGCAAGAAAGUAAAAAGACUGAAAAUGAGCCAAAAAAGAAUAUCCCAAGGUGGAGCGACAGAACUAUUGAGCCGUGAAAACCUGAAAGAGUUCUUUGCGAGCUGUUUUGUGUGCUAGAGCCUCAAGUGGCAGUCAUUGAAAGUAGGCCAGUAAAUACUUUUAGAGAAAAAGUGAUGCCAACUGUGAAUAGCUCGGAAGCCCAGGAAAAAAGUGAUACACCUUUGUUAUUUAGAGGAAACGAAAAAUAUAGUGAUCUAUUUAAGUCAAUUUUCGAAGAAAACGAAGAAACUGAUACAAAUAAAGUUGAUAACGAAAUAAAUGAAAUAGGACUACAAACAAAACGAUCAAAGAAUCGUGAAGAGAUUGAUAGUAAUUUGAGCAAUUAA